UUGGCUUCCUGAUUCAUCUUCUGAUUUAAUCCCCAUCAGCAUGUCUGAGACCACAAAAACCCAUGUUAUCCUGCUUUCCUGCGGCAGCUUCAAUCCUAUCACAAAAGGACAUAUUCAGAUGUUUGAGCGAGCGCGGGAUUAUCUGCACAAGACUGGAAGAUUUAUUGUUAUUGGAGGAAUCAUCUCCCCGGUUCAUGAUUCCUAUGGAAAACAGGGCUUGGUCUCAAGUCGGCAUCGUCUUAACAUGUGCCAGCUGGCUGUGCAGAAUUCGGACUGGAUCAGGGUAGACCCUUGGGAAUGUUACCAAGAGACCUGGCAGACAACCUGCAGUGUUCUGGAGCAUCAUCGAGACCUUAUGAAGAGGGUCACCGGGUGCAUCUUGUCCAAUGUGAACACACCCUCUGUCACACCAGUGAUUGGUCAGACCCUCAAUCAAUCAACACAGCCGGUUUACCAGAACAGUAACCUCGCCAAUAAGCCCACUGCAGUGAGGAUCCUGGGGAAAGUCGGAGAGGGACUGAGUCGCAUGUGCUGUGUUCGCCCUAACUUACAACGCGUCACCUUUGUAGAUGAAAAUGCUAACCUUGGAACAGUGAUGCGAUACGAGGAGAUAGAGCUGCGGAUCCUGCUGUUGUGUGGCAGUGACCUUCUUGAGUCAUUUUGCAUCCCAGGCCUGUGGAAUGAGUCAGACAUGGAGGUGAUCGUGGGGGAUUUUGGAAUUGUGGUUGUUCCACGUGAUGCAGCAGACACCGAGCAAAUCAUGAAUCACUCGUCCUUGCUGCGUAAAUAUAAGAGCAAUAUCCUGGUGGUUAAAGAUGACAUUAACCAUCCAAUGUCCACAGUGAGCUCCACCAAAAGCAGGUUGGCCCUGCAGCAUGGGGAUGGACAUGUGGUGGAUUAUUUGACCCAGCCAGUCAUUGAUUAUGUCCUAAAAAGCCAACUGUACAUCAACACAUCGGGCUGACACGACCUGUUCGCACGUGCUGGGGCAUUGCUGCGUGCGCACAUCAUCAUCAUCAUCAUCUUCAUCACAAUGUAUUACUAAUACUAAUCACUACUCACCACUAUUUCCUCAUCGAGCAUAACACCCCCUGUACAAACAUUCUGUCCCCAUUCAUUACGGCCCCUUCCCCACCUACCUGCCUUUUUCAUUCCACUAAAGAUCUUGCGAGUCUUAAGCUCAGAGUAUAUGGAGCACCCACCGCUCGGACAGUCUUUCGCUGGCGGAUUUAAUAUUCUGCACCAAGAAGAUAGGAAAAUGAAUAACCUGUAUAGUACUUUGUGUAUCAUGCUACACUGUAUGGGUUUAUAGUUAUUCCUGUCUGCAGCAAUCAUCUAAGAUUUGGGAUGUAUUCACAAAGUGUUGGUUAUCUUCAGUACUUGUUACACUGAUGCACCAAAGGCCGUAAUUAGGCCACUAUGUACCUACCAUUUAUUCUCUUUCCAUCAAGGACUAUGGGGUUAAUAAGAUCAGGGGCGUUAUUGUCUAACCACAGCAAGAGGGCUGCACGUGACUAGCAUGUUCUUGCUGUGCUUGUAACUCUAUGGUGUUAUCAAAAUGUAUAUUACCCUCGUGGCUGGGUGGUAAGGGCAUGUGACUAUUUAUUAAAGUGCAGGGGUUCCAGGGAACUGGUGAAAACCAACCAUUUAGAACAGGUUCUCUGACCUAAGAACAUCUUUUUAGAUGUAUAAGACACACUUACAACUGUACAACACAGGACAUACAUAUUUGAUCUGUCUCAUUACUUUGUGCAAGGGCCAUUAUGCUAUAUACCCAACGGCAUUACAGAAUAACUUAUACCAUCAUCCUGUAAUACUUACACAGUUUAACUAACGGCUCUUAUCUUACAAAAAUAGCGUGCAGUGGAUAUUAUUGCAUUUAAUUUCUAGGGCACACCUUGGAUUUUUAAGACUAUUAAAAUAAAAUGUUAUUGUAAAGUAUAAUAACCACGUAAAGAA